UGCCCGGUCCUCGUGUCGCGCGCGCUACCUCACCCCUUCUCUCACACUUAGCUUGUUAUUCGCUACUAUCCUUCAAUUUUCUUCAAGAUGUCUGCUGAAUAUGACAAUGAGAACGGUCGCUACGACGACGAGCCCCGUUUCGCCCGUGACCGCAGCGCAUCUCCUCGCGAUGAGCCUCGAGCUGAUCGCACCCGUAGCCGUUCUCCCAACGGUCGCGUGGAUGACCGUGCCCCCAUCGAUCCCCGUAAAUCCUUGGACGAUGAAGAGGGUGCUCUCAACACCGGCUCGAACCUGUUCGUGACUGGUAUCCACCCGCGUUUGACCGAGUCGGAUAUCUCGCGUCUCUUCGAGAAGUACGGUGACGUCGAGAACUGUUCAAUUAUGGUCGAUCCUCAUACCAAGGAGUCUCGUGGAUUCGGCUUCGUCAAGAUGGUCACUGCUGAGCAGGCCGACGCCGCCAAGGAGGGUCUCCAGGGCGAGGUCAUCGAGGGCCGCACCCUGAGCAUCGAGAAGGCCCGUCGUAGCCGUCCCAGGACCCCGACUCCUGGCAAAUACUUCGGUCCCCCUAAGCGUGACUUCCGUGGAGGUCACCGUGGCGGCCGUGGUGAUCGCUAUGACGACCGUCGUGCUCCUUACGGCGGUAGCUGGCGCCGCGGUGACGAUUACCGCUAUGGCCGCUACGAUUCCUACAGCGACCGUCGCGACUACGGCCGUGACUACCGUGACUAUGGUGGUCGCCGUGACUACGGUCGUGACGACUACGGCUACCGUGGUGGUGGUAGCAGCGGUGGCAUUGACCGCUAUGCCUCUGGUGGUCGUGAGGACCGUUACAGCCGCGACGAGCGUCGUGAUGACCGUCGCGAAGAACGCCGUGGAGGUAGCGGUGGCGGAUACUACGACCGUGACGCCAAUCCCCCUAGCUACGGCUCUGCUCCUCCGGCGCGGGAUGCCUAUGCCGGCAGCGGUGGCGGCGGCGGCGGCAGCGGCGGCCGCUCUUAUGACCCCCGCGAUGACCGUUAUAGCGCCAGGUAGGUGAAGUCGUCUGAUCUAUUUGGAGAGAUCGGGCCAGGGCGCGUAGCCUCUCCCAGUAAUGGGUCUUUGUAGGCUCCGCGCUUCUUUCCUUUUACCCCUACGUCUUUGCUUCUAUGACAUUCCCUU